GCCUCUUGAUUCAUCAUGAGUGUCAAAUCCGUCCAAUCCGUGCAGCGGAGUUCCUCCUUCUACCAAAAGGGCAGCGUGGUCAGAAGCACUUCGAGUGUGUAUGGCGGGGCAGGUGGAAGCGGCGCGCGCGUCUCAGCAUGGUCCGCGCCGCCCAGGAUCCAGGGGGGCUCGUUCUUCGAUCGCACCUCCGUGUUCAGGUCAAACCUCGGCGUGGGCCUCCACUACGACGAACAGGCCACCAUGCAGAACCUGAACGAGCGUCUGGCCAGCUACCUGGAGAAGGUGUGCACGCUGGAGAAGGCCAACGCCGAGCUGGAGCUGAAGAUCAAGGAGAGCUACGGGCAGAGGAUCAUUGUGUCAGAAGACUACAGCCAGUACCAUGUCACCAUCGAAGGCCUAUUUAAAAAGAUUUCCAUGGCCAGCCUGGAAAACACCAGGGUUUCUUUGGACAUUGAAAAUGCUCGAUUGGCUGCUGAGGACUUCAAACUGAAGUAUGAGACUGAACUCGCCAUGCACCAGGCAGUGAUGGCUGACAACACCAGCCUCAAGGGUGUCCUGGAUCGACUGACUAUAUCGCGCUCCGACCUAGAGAUGCGGAUCGAGGGUCUGAGAGAGGAGAUGGCCUUCCUGAGGAAGGACCACCUGGAGGAAAUGGCCGUCCUGAGAGUGGAGGUGAAAAAGCAUCUGGUGACCGUGGAGGUGGACGCGCCGGCCCCGGAGGACCUGGCUCGGAUCCUGGAUGAGAUGCGUGCCCAAUACGAGGCCACCAUCGUUAAGAACACGCGUGACAUUGAGCUCUGGUACAACACCAAGAUGAAGGAGUUAAACCCAAAUGGUUGUAACUGGAACAUUGAACUGGACAAGCUGCGCAUUCAGCUCAGUGAAAUGAGGAGAAGUAUGCAGAAACUGGAGAUCGAGCUGCAGUCCUCAUUCAGUCUGAAUGCGGCCCUUAAGGUCUCUCUGCAGGAGAUCCAGUCUCGCUUCAGCCUGCAGCUUGGUCAGUUCCAGUCCAUCAUCAGAGUCCUGGAGGCCGACGUGAGCCAGGUGCGCAUCGACAUCGAGAGGCAGAGCAGCGAGUACAAGAUGCUGCUGGACAUCAAGACCCGGCUGGAGCUGGAGAUCGCCGAGUACAAGAGACUGCUGGACGGAGAUGGCUUGCUGUACGUUGCAUUUCACUAGAACUAAAUGUGUGUGAAUGUGCAUUGUAAGCUGGAUGGAUGCACUAAGCUCCUAACUUCACUUGCAGACUUUGGUGUCAUGAGAUGAUGAGUUCCUCUCCUUCCCUACUCUGUUAGUUACUCAGGAACUACUCAGUAUAAUGGACAUAGUUUGACCUUGUUAUGAGGACAGAAAACAGUCUUCAUGUGAUUUAUACUGUCGUCUUUUUCAGGCCGUUAAUUAAGAAGACUGACAGUGAUAUUUCAAUCUGCAUUAGUACUAUACACGGUAAGGACUGAUUACAAUAUUAUAUUCAGCACCUCCAUUUUGUAUUAAAGGUGGUGCAUAAAUAUUAUAUGUGCAUAAACGGCCUCUGAGUUUGUUUGCCUCAAUUCUCCCCCUUUCAUAAUGCCUUCCCCUGUCAUAGAGCCUCAAAUGACCAAGAGGACGAGGACCAUCGAGGAGGUGAUUGUGGAUGGAAAAGUGAUCUCCCGUGAGGAGGACGUGGAAGAGGAGCCGCUAGUGAGAGAGGAACUCUGACCCCAGGUCUCAUGGUGACAAGACAGGAGAAGUGACCAACGCAGCAGCGUAAACAGUAACAAUCUGCCAUGGAUACAAAGCAAAUGGAGAUUGGUCUUUGACAUUGAAGUCUCAAGUAGUUGUAACUAGCAAUAAAAGGCAGUGGUUGC